CGCAGUGAUCUCCCUGCACAAGACUUUUGUGGGGGCAAACAUGGCUUUUGCAAGAGGCCGUUUGGAGCAGGUCUUGGCGGCAGCCAAAGGCAAGGUUCAGGAGCCGGAGCUGUCGGAGGAGGAGAAGAAGCUGAAAUGGGUGGAGGAGACCCGCGUGCGCUGGCGCAAGACCUACGCGAGGCGUCAUGAGGAACUGAACCAGCUCGACGGGACGAAUCCCAAUGACGUGUCCUUCACGAGGUGGCUGUGUCCCACUGGACGUGUGAUGGAACGUCAAGAGCAUCAUGGCAUCAGGCCGAAAUCGGAUCACCCUUGAUGUGGUCUGUGGAAGCACGGCAGCGGUGGCACGAGAAGAACCCCAAAGCCACGUGGCGUGAAAAGGCUGUGGACCUGCAUGCUGCGUGAGAUCCAUCCGAGAUCCAUCCAGCGCUGAGGAGAGCCACAGCGUUCCUUCUCCAGGGUGUGUUUUCCAUGUGCUCAGUUGCAACUGGAAACAUCUCCAACUGGAGUUGGAUCUCAAGGCAAGGCUGCAACUAGACCGCAACUCGAUUCACUAGGCCGCAACUUGUGGCUGCUGAGUGAUGUCUCGUUGCAUCUUAAAGAUGUCGAGUCAGGUCACUGAGCGGGCGACAAAUCCGACGUCUUUUUGGG